AUGUCAAAGUCAGCGCUGGAUAUGUUCACCAAAUGUAUUGCCGUAGAGUUGGGACACAAAGGCAUUCGUGUUAAUAGUGUUAACCCUGGUGUUGUCAAAACAAACUUUCCGAGUAAUUCAGGUGUAAAUAAGAGUGAGUGGUAUGAAAACAUUGGAAAGCUAUACCCCGUGGGACGGGUGGGAGAAGGGGAUGACAUCGCAAACGCUGUGCUAUAUUUGGCAUCAAAUGUGAGUUCAUUCAUAACGGGAAGUGUUUUGGUGGCCGAUGGCGGACAUCUCGCCGCUAAUGUUGAUAUCACUCAACAUUAA